AUGACCGCUCAACAGGAUGCCCCUGACCAUGGCGGUCGGCACUUUGGUGGCCGAUUGGUAUUCGUUAUCAUCUUCAUCUGUUUUGGUUCAGCGGCUUUCGGAUUUUCCAACAGCGUCAUAGGUUCAACCCUUGGACAGCCCUCCUUUCUCUCUAAGAUGGGACUUGAUACUUCCAAGCAUGCUGAGGCUCUGAUCUCUGCUGUACUCGCCGUGUACUACGCUGGCGGCGUUUUUGGAUCCUUCUGCCACGGCAUACUUGCCGAUCGCUAUGGGCGGAAGAUGUCCGCAACAGUUUCGGGCAUCAUUAUGAUUAUCGCCUCAGCUAUAUGCACCGGGUCACCCAAUAUUGCAGUUUACAUAACAUUUCGCUUCUUUUGCGGCUGGUCUUCAUAUCAGUUUCUGUCUACUAUCCCUACCUGGGUCACCGAGAUCACACCUCCUUCCCAUCGCGGAAUACUUGGAAAUAUCAUCGCUGUCAACAUCGGAGUGGGCUAUGUGUUAGCCGCCUUCAGCUCUGUCGGCUUUUACUUCGUCAGUGGAGAUAGCCAGUGGCGAGGGUCGACUGGUUUGCAGAUGUUUUUCCCUGGACUCCUUCUCUCGGUCAUGUAUUGGCUACCUGAAUCUCCGAGAUAUCUCAUUGCCCAGGGCCGCCAUAAAGAAGCGCUUUCCAACCUUCAGAGCCUUCACUCUAGAUCCGGUCACGAAAGCCAUCACUUCGCUGAAAUUGAAUUCUACCAAAUUCAGAAGCAAAUCGAAUUUGAUACUGCACGGAAGAUGUCUUACGUCCAAAUAUUCAAACAUCCAAGCAUGCGCAAGCGUGCUCUAAUCACCAUCUGCUUGACGUGGUGUAUGGUUGGGUCCGGAGUUCUCGUCAUCAACAACUAUGGGGCUGCCAUCUAUGCAAGCCUGGGCUAUGGCCCGCUCGAUACCCUCUUCUUCCUUGCUGGCUGGGUGUGCAUCGUUAUGAUUGCCCCCUUUGUCUCCAUGACAUUUGUCGACAGACUCAGCCGGACGUACAUGCUCGCUACUGGCUUUUUUCUCUGUAUGUGCACUUUGGUUGUCGAAGCAGCGUUGCAGAAGAACUUCUUAGGAGGUGAGAGUAAAGCAGGAUUAGCUGGUGCAGUGGCAAUUAUCUACUUGUACGUCCUUUUCUACGUGAUCUUCCUUGAUGGUCCCAUGUUCUUCUACAUUGGCGAGAUUUGGCCGUCGCAAGUGCGUGCACAGGGCUUUUCCCUCGGCAUCGGAGCUAUGUGUCUUUCUAAUCUCGUUUGGACUGCGGCUGCCCCUCAGGCGUUCAACAGCAUCGGGUGGAAAUACUACGUUCUCUUCAUUGUACAGGCAGCCUUUGGAGGGGUUGCUGCUCUUUUGUGGUUCCCAAACACCCUGGGCAAGCCGCUUGAGGAGAUCGCGGUCCUUUUCGGCGACGAGUCAGAUGUUGUGGUCUUCCAGAGUGAGCUCAAUGAGGCGCAAGUCAUCAAUGAAAUCGAUUCGAAGGAACCCGGCGGGCAUGAAGAAGUCGAGAAUGUCGAGCGCAGGCAAGUCUGA